GUAUUUUUUCGGUGUUUGUCUAUUUUUUCUUUUCUUCUUUCUUACAUCUAAAUUCUAAACCCAUAAUAAUGGGAAAAGUGGUGGUUUGUGCGACGGUGAUCGGAGCUACGGCGGCAUGUGCGGUGGCGACAAUAUUAAUACAUCGUUACGUGAAGAAAUCGAAGCGAUGGGGAAAAGCAAAAGCGAUUCUGAAGGAAUUUGAAGAAAAAUGCGCCACGCCGACGUUGAAGCUGAAACAGGUUGCUGAUGCAAUGACGGUGGAGAUGCACGCCGGACUUGCUUCUGAAGGUGGCAGCAAGCUCAAAAUGCUCAUCAGUUUCGUUGAUAAUCUCCCUACAGGGAAUGAGGAAGGACUAUAUUAUUCAUUGGACCUUGGAGGGACUAACUUUCGUGUAUUACGCGUGCAACUCGGUGGCAAGGAUGGUGUUAUUAAUACAGAAUUUACCGAGGUGUCAAUUCCUGCCAAUUUAAUGGUUGGGACAUCAAAUGAACUCUUUGACUAUAUUGCAGCAGAACUUGCAAAGUUUGUUAAUGAAGAAAAUGAAGAUUUCAAGGUUCCUCCAGGUAGGAAGAGGGAGCUAGGUUUUACCUUCUCCUUUCCUGUCAUGCAAACAUCAAUUUCUUCUGGGAACCUUAUCAGGUGGACAAAAGGAUUCAACAUUGAUGAUGCAGUUGGUCAGGAUGUUGUGGCUGAAUUGAGAAGUGCCAUUGAGAGACAAGGUCUUGAUAUGCACAUAACAGCUUUGGUCAACGAUACAGUGGGGACAUUAGCUGGAGGCCGACAUACAAACAAGGAUGUCAUUGCUGCUGUAAUUUUAGGUACCGGAACAAAUGCAGCGUAUGUGGAGAGUGCUCAAGCAAUACCAAAAUGGCACGGUGAUUUGCCUAAGUCCGGAGAAAUGGUUAUCAACAUGGAGUGGGGAAACUUCCGGUCAUCCCACCUUCCAUUAACUGAGUAUGAUUAUGCAUUAGAUGCUGAGAGUUUAAACCCUGGUGAACAGAUUUUUGAGAAGAUAAUAUCUGGAAUGUACUUGGGAGAAAUUGUUCGCAGAGUACUAUACAAAAUGGCUGAAGAAGCUUGGAUUUUUGGUGAAACUGUUCCUCCAAAAUUGAAAGUUCCAUACACAUUAAGGACACCUGACAUGUCUGUAAUGCAUCAUGACUCAUCUGCCGAUCUCAAUGUGGUCAAAAGCAAACUGAAGGACAUUUUUGAGGUAUCUGAUACCUCCCUGGAAGUGAGAAAGGUGGUUGUUGAGCUGUGCAAUAUUGUUGCUACCCGUGGUGCUCGUCUUUCUGCUGCUGGCAUCUUAGGAAUUCUGAAGAAGAUAGGAAGAGACACCAUCAGCGGCGGUGAGGGUCAGAAGAGUGUGGUAGCCAUGGAUGGUGGAUUGUAUGAGCAUUACACUGCAUACAGUAAGUGCUUAGAGAAUACCUUAACAGAGUUGGUUGGUGAAGAUGUUUCAGGAAGUAUUUCUGUUGAACACUCUAAUGAUGGUUCAGGAAUUGGUGCUGCACUUCUUGCUGCUUCUCAUUCUCAUUACCUUGAUGCUUAGCAAUAUCAUGUUAUUGGGAUUUUGUGUCAAUUAUUUUUUUGGAUGUCAUUUUCCAAUUCUGACCCCUUCAGUUUGGAAAGAUUGACAUGCACACAUAUACUUUAGGCCAAUUUUGUGCAAUAUCUGUCUUCACAAUUUCUUUACAUUCAUAUUUAUGAUUCUUUUUGGAGAAUCCUGCAAUGUACUAAUUUCUACAUUGUUGUUAGGACAGGAUACCUUUUUCCUAAAUUAUUGGAUUAUUUGAGAUGAGACUA